GGGAGAUCGAGAGCCAGAGUUAAAGCAGCAGCAGCAGCCAUCUGAAGCUGCAGCAGUGUAGCCAAGAUAAAGCUCUUUUCCCUGCCUGCCGCCGGAGCCACAGACAGAAGGAGAGAGAGAGAGAGAGAGAGAGAAGGAAGGAAGGGAGGAAAGAGGGACAGAGAAGGAGAGCAAAAGGCAAGCGGCUAAAAAGAACCAGCCAUCCCAUCCUCAGCGUCUUGAGGGAGUAGAGGAAGCCGGCGCCUGCUUUCGCUGGAUCUCCUGGCUUAUGCUGGAUUUAAAGACCUCUGGAUCCUUUAACUGACACGCGCGCAGUUACACACACGCACGCACAGAGACACACACACGCACAUACACACACACACACACACACGCUGUCUUUACCACAGGAGGGUAUCGCCCAUCCCUGCGGUUACACACACUGACUCUCUGUCUCUGCCUCUUCCUAUCUGUUUCUCUCUCUCUUUCUCUCUAACACACACACACACACACCCAAGGCUCUUCUCACAUCCUUGCACGCCUACGGAACCCCCAUCAUUGCGUGUGUGGAAGCAGGCAGGCAGGCAAGCAGGCAGGCAAGCAUACGCACGCGAGCGUAUCAAUUGGAUCAAUUUGCCGAUGUCUCUCUGAUGGAGCUGGAACCCAGUGGCACUACCGGAGCCCUUCCUCCUCCUCCUCCUCUUCCUCCCUCUCCACCUCCCCCCAGCACGGACACCACCAUUCUGCUUCUCACUCCUCUCUCCCUCAGCCUGACUAGGAGCACUCCCCACCAGCCAGCCGGAGCAGCUCACCACCUCCGUGUCUGGAGGUCUGCACUGCACAGCCUGAGCUCUCUAGCGCUAGCUAGCUAGCUAGCUCCAAUCUCUACUCCAGGACUGGCACCGGCUCUGGCUUCAGGCUGCCAUUUCUGUAAUUGGAUUCAGAGCUCCUAAGGAAUAGCAAGAAGCAACAAGCAACGAGCUGCUCGACACUUCUCUCUCUCUGUGUGGAGCUCGCUCUGUUACAGCCCUAGUCUUUUAUUCCCUGCUCCAGCCAUAGCCCCAUCCUCAACCACCAGCUCCAAUCAUCAGCUAAAGCAACCAGCUCCGGCAACCAGCCUCAGCCCCAGCACUACCGGCUUCAUCUCCCAGCUGCCUGCCGUCGCUUUAAUUAGAUUCACAGACCCGAGGAACAGCAGAAGCAGAAGCAUCCCCUCGGGGGGAGAGAGGGAGAGCGCGCAAGCGAACGACACCCAGCCUCGGAGGACUGGGAACAGACAUCGGGAGCAGAAAGACUGCAAGAUGGAGAGAGACAAGGACAGAAAAAAUUAGAGAGAUGAAUCAAGAAAGCUGAAAGAGAGACAGAGAGAGAGAGACUCGUGCUACCUGCCUGAGGUAACCUACAUUUCAGAGAGGAGGGAUGUUCCGGAGAGUUCCACAUGCCUCUGACGGCGUCCUGAGGCCACGUGCAACGGGGGGACUGUAGAGGAACGUGCCCAAACGUGCCACACAUGUACAGAUCUUUAGUGGAGCUUACACAUUGGAACUACAGUACAGAUCUGUUAAAUGUGGAGCUUUUAAGGAGAACUGUGGGAGUGACUUGUGGGGGUUAUCCAUUCGGGACAAUCCAAUCGACAGAGAGGAUUUAAUACCCGUCUGGUUUUGAAGUGCUGUGUUUUUUUUUCGUGCUUGUGUAUUUCAAGACGCAGCAGGUGUGUGUGUUUAUCUGUCUGCCUGUGUGAUGUGGAUCUGUUCCGGAACUUGCCGUCUUUCCUGUGUUGCCUCGUCUUGACCUCCCCAUCGUAGACACCACAAGCAGCUUGUAAGAUUCUGGCUGCCGUGGUAGCCAAGCCAAGGCAACACCCCCACCCAAGGCGACCUGCCUUCUGCCUCAUUGGUUGGACUUAAAUAGGGAGAGAGCACUUUCUCCUCAGGAAGGCUUCAUACAAGACACACACAUAUACUGCUCCAUGAAAACACACAUGCUCCCACAUUGAUACACACACCCACAUAUUCACGCGCACACAAACUGACACACACACUCACACACAUACACAUACAUGCACGCACGCACACUCACACACACACUCUCUCUCAGGGCCAUUGCGGGGACUUAAUACGCCUGAGGGACCAUUUUUUAUCCCAUGACAAGGCCACACACACACCCAAUAGAAGGAUCAUGGGAAUGCCCUAAAAAACGAGAGAGACGGGGAGACCAAAGAGAACUGUGCCUGAGAAAAUGUGCCUGGAAUGACUUGUGGUUGCUGUCGUUGCCUCCUGUUGGAUGUAAAAAACUGAGAUUGUCUUAAACCCUGCCAAAGAACUGCCACCACCAUCACCAUCACCAGCACUGGCAACAACAAUUUCCACUACUACUACUACUACUCCCCUUACUCCAGCUUUUCGUGUCUGUGUCACUGUUUCUUGUCCCAGCUGUCCUAACAAAGACGGAAACUUGAGCAUCAAUAAUCCAUGGGUUGGCUUUCAAGGAACGCAACAAAAGAGCGGGAGUUUUAUUAUUGUUGCGCCGCGUAGAGCUAACGGUAAUGUGAGGACGUGACUCGAAGCAAAUCUCAGCCUGGAUUGAUCGCUCUUUUGACAUUGACACACUCACACAUUCUGACAUACAUAUUGACACACACACACACAUACACACACACACACACAGACACACACACUUGCAUGCACCCUCAGGACCACUGCACAGUGCCAGCCGUAAGGUGACGUGACUCGGAGCUGGGAUCUAUCGCUCCCCUGGGGGCCACUGUGCCGGCAACAUCUGCACGUGACCAACAGAGCCCUGAGAGCUGCUGACGAUACAGCCGGCCGGCUGCUGCUGCUGCUGCUGGUGGUUGGGUCUCUGAACUGCCAGUGAUGGACGCUCACUCACUCGAUCACUCGCGCUCCACAGGAGGAGUGUGUAUGUGUGUGUGUGCAAGGCGGAGAGCAGGAGAGAGGAGGGAUCGUUUGGCGGUGUGUGCGCAAGUGUGUACGUGCGUGCGAGUGUGUGUAUGUCUGCACUGCAGCUCCGACGCAGCUCGAGAGAUCUGUGUUUUUUUGCGGUGGACCAGAGCAGCUAGUUGAUUUUUCAUCUUGUGUGUUAUAUGUAAUAGUCUGUGCCAAAGACUGCCUCUGCAGUCAUUUGGUUUGUCCGGAGCAACAAGCUGAAGAGCUCUGUUGGCGGGAAGCAGCAAAAAAAGAGACAUCGCUCCCCAGGUAGGGCUUAACUUUGCUGCCGUCUGCACUGGACGACGCAUCAGAGACACGACACGCAAAAGAGAGGGAGAGAGACAGAGAAGGAUUGAGAGCGUGAAGAGGAGAGAAAAAAAGAUAGAGACUGGGUAGGAUUGAGAGAGAGGGGAGAAUAUAGAGAGAAAACGUCAGCAGAAGCUUUUUGUUAAAUUUUCAUGAGCCAAAGCAGCUGCAUACAGUUUGCUCUCUGCAGUGUGUCCUUGGAGCGUGGGCGUCCCAUCCCAGCUGCCACGGCCACGAGUGACAGUCGCACGUGAGGGCUUCCUGCGAGGCAAGCUACCGAGGAGAGAGAGAGCGCUAGAGAGAAAGAGGUAGAGAGAGAGAGAGUAGCAGGUAGAAAUAGAGGUAUAUGUAGAGAGAGAGGACAUUAGAGAUCGAAAUCUAGAAAGGGAGAGAAACGGAGCAUGUCGAGGAGUGUAAAGGGAGGCUGAGGAGCUAGAGGGUAAGCAACAGGAGGAGAGGGAGUCAGAUGAGGAUGUGAAGGACUGCUGAAUAGAUGGCAUGCAAGCAUGUCAGCUGGCUGCCUCAGCCUGUGAACAGCACCUCGGUCUGACGUCUACAGCUGACUGGAGGGAACAACUGUAAAGUCAAUUUUAUGGCUGGGAGCAGGGAUUAACUCUCUUUCAAUAGAUAGGUAGGGUGCUUGCCCAAACGGUUAAGUCAGGUUUUAAAAAAGAGGCUGCACUUUGCUAGUGUUUUUUGUAUUAUCGUACAAGGGAACAUCCCUUAGCCAUUUUGAGACCGUAUCAUCCAACCACCCGUCAACUGCUAAGAGUCUCGAGCCUGUUGCACUUGAUUUAUCUCAUACUAUCUACUACCAUAUAUGCCACACACUGGCACAAACAUUUCACUCUUAAAAAUCUGACACAGGUUGACCCACUGUUAAAAACUUGACACACUCACAUUUUUGUGGACACACAUCCCUGCACUUUUCCCCCCGGGGGAACUCCUGUAGAUCUCGCCUUGUCUUUAAAGUAGGCAGAAAGGGUGACUUAGGGAUGGGGAGCUCACUGGGCUGUGUGAAGGAGCCAAGGGACAGGACUCUGUCAGGCGCCGCCCCCUUGUCCCCAAAGCGCCGCCUCCGCUUCCGUCGCAAAAAGAAAUCGCGUAAGCGGUCGAGAGCCAGUGAAGACGAAGGCGAGCGGUUGCACGGGCCCUCGCCCGAAGGCGUCAUGGCGAUAGACAACGAGUCGGUCGCACGAGCCGUCAGACACGAGGAAACUCCCAGCCGAUCGGAGAGCACCGCUCUCGAUACCCCCAGAGGAAGGGGCGGGCUGGAGCUGCGUCCGCCGUCCGUGAUGGGCACGCUCAUCGAGGGCAGUGUGGGUUCGGCGCGGGGCAGCAGGAUCGCUAUCCUGUCCCCCGACCCCAGCCCGGCCCAUCCCUGGACCUUGAAUCGGACUAAUCAGGGGGCUGGAUCGUUGAAUCGGACCAAUCAGGGGGCUGGGAGGAGGGACCAGGGCCGUGACCUCACUUCCCCCCCUGACCCGCCCCUGCUGGGCAGCGCCACCCCGGGAGGGGGCCGAGUGUGCCGCGUCCGGGAGCGGGUGCAGGGGGUGCCAGAGAGGCCACGCCUGGUCACAGCACGGGAGAAAGGGGAACAGGAGGCUGCAGGAUCGCAUCCUGAGCUAGAGAGUGACGAAGAAGAGGAUAACGAGGAGGAGGAGGAGAGGGAAGAGGUGAACGAGAUGGGGCUGACGGAGGAAGAGGUUGCUCGGAUAGACCGAACCACACCGGACAUUGUGGCAGCUCCAGGGAGAAAGGAGCGCAAGGGCGUGGUGCACAUACGGGAGGUGGGCGGCUGCCUGCGUGUGGUGCGGACGGUGUACCCCAGCGAUUUCGGCUCGCCAGUGUGGACGCCGGAAAAGUGGGCGAGUGAAGUUCGGGCCGAACCCCCCGCAGCGUCCCCCGAGCAAGGAGGGGUGCAGCGUGUGCGGGUUGCUGGAGGAUCGCAGGAUAAGUUAGCGGGCGGUGACACAAGGGACACUCCACCGCCUCCAACGGUGGUUGUGCUCCCUGACAAGGACCGCCAGGUCUCCCCGCAAGACCCCCAGUCCUCCGGCUACGUCAGCGACACGCAGGUCACCUCCACAGAGACAGGGGGCGCUCUGCCGACGGAGCUGGGCGGCUUCACCAGCAGCUCCUCUGACAUGCUGGACUCAGUGUCCGUGUUGGAGAGCCCCCUGUCACCUGCAGACAAACCGGCCGCCAGUGCCACUGCCAAAGCCCAGAUCUCGGAGAUCUACGUGAGUGGUGAGUCUGCGGACCUGACGGCCAAGGAGAAGCUGUUGCUAUGGAGCCAGCAGGCCAUCGAGAGCUACCCGGGCCUACGCUGCUCCAACUUCAGCUCCUGCUGGAGCGACGGACGCAUGUUCAACGCACUGCUGCACAGAUACAGGCCCGACCUGAUUGACAUGGAGGUGGUCGCACGACAGAGUAGCCGUGACAACCUGGAGCAGGCCUUCGAGAUCGCCGAGUCGCUCGGGGUGACCCGCCUGCUGGACCCAGAAGAUGUGGAUGUGCCGUCUCCAGACGAGAAGUCGGUCAUCACGUACGUGUCCUCCAUCUACGACGCCUUCCCCAAGAUCCCUGAGGGAGGAGAGGGCAUCGCCGCACACUCUCUGAGUCAUUCCCCUAGUAAUUCUCCUCCACUCUCUGAUGUGGACCCGCGCUGGGCAGAGUACCAGUCUCGCUUCUCGUCAUUGCUGCAGUGGACGCGCCAGCACACCAGCCUUAUGGCCAACAAGAACUUCCCCCAGAACCCCGUCGAGCUCAAGGCACUUUACAAUGAAUACGUCCACUUCAAAGAGACAGAGAUCCCGAACAAAGAACUGGAGAAGGGUCACAUUGCACACCUCUACAAGCUGCUGGAGGUGUGGAUAGAGUUUGGCCGCAUCAAGCUCCCCGCUGGGCUGCACCCUAAUGACCUGGAGGAGGAGUGGGGUAAGCUGAUCGUGGAGAUGCUGGAGCGGGAGAAGGCCUUGCGGCCGGCCGUGGAGAGGCUGGAGCUGCUGCUGCAGGUGGCCAACAAGAUCCAGAACGCCGCACUCGACUGCGAAGAGAAGCUCACGCACGCCAAGAACACGCUGCAGGCCGACAUGUCUCAGCUGGAGAGUGGUGGCUCUGUGCGGUGUGAGCAGGAGUUGGCCAUCUACAUCCAGGACUGUGAGGCUCUGCUCAGGCAGCUGCAGCAGGACCUGAAGAUCCUCCGAGACGAGAAAUACUACCAGGUGGAGCAGCUGGCCUUCAGGAUAUCGGGUCUGCAGGAGGAGCUGGUCUCCCUGCGCCUGCAGUGUGCCAGCGUCUACAGGAAGGGCCACUUCUCCGCGGGCAUCUUGCCCGGCGAGGCGCCACUCCAGAGCCGCUCGGCCAGGGACUCCAUCUCAUUGGCCGGCCAGACGUUGCUAGGCGCCGCCGCUGUGGGCGUGGCCAGCCUCCUCCGUCGGCCAACGAGCCGGCAGGAGCUGGUGGCCAUGUCGUCGUCGGAGGACGAGGGAAGCCUGAGGUUCAUCUACGAGCUGCUGGGAUGGGUGGAGGAGACACAGGAUCUUCUGGAGCGGGCUGAGUGGGGUUCAGAUCUUCCGUCAGUGGAGAAGCAACUGCAAGACCACCACAGCAUCCACACAGCAGUGGAGGACUUACUACACAGCCUCAAAGAGGCCAGGAAUUACGAGAAGAGUGUGUCGCCUAAUUUUCGUAGCAGUUACUCCGAGACCUUGGCGAAACUGGAACACCAGUACUGCAAACUGCUGGAACACUCGUCAUGGCGACUGCGUUGCCUGGAGAGCCUGCGUGCGUUCGUGUCGCGCUGCACGGAGGAGCUGAUCUGGCUGAACGAGAGGGAGGAGGAGGAGAUCUCGUACGACUGGAGCCAUAACAACAGCAACAUGGCCGCCAAGAGGGAGACAUACGCCGAUGCAAGGGCAGAAGUGGACGAAAAACAAGAAGUCAUGCGCUCAUUACAAGACACAGCAGAUCAACUCUGCCUGGAGAAUCACCCAGCCAAACAGACUGUUGAGGCAUACAGUGCGGCCUUGCAGACUCAGUGGCAGUGGGUUCGCCAGCUGUGCGUGUGUGUGGAGCAUCACCUGAAAGACAACACUGCCUACUUCCAGUUCAUGGGCGAUGCCCGGGAUUGUGAGACGUACCUGCGUCAGCUUCAGGACUCCAUCAAGAGGCAGUACACCUGCGACAAGAACAGCAGGCUCAGCCGACUAGAGGACCUGCUACAGGACUCCAUGGAGGAGAAGGAGCAGCUGAUUGAGUACCGCAGCUCGGUGGCCAGCCUAGUGGGCAGGGCCAAGGCCGUGGUGCAGCUCCGCCCCCGGGGAGCAGAGGGAACUCUGGGAACAACCACGCCUAUCAGAGCCAUCUGCGACUACAGGCAGAUCGAGAUCACCAUCUCCAAGGGAGAGGAGUGUGUGUUGGAGGACAACUCCCAGCGUACCAAGUGGAAGGUGAUCAGCCCCAGUGGCAACGAGGCCAUGGUGCCCUCCGUCUGCUUCACCGUACCACCACCCAACCAGGAGGCAGUAGACCUCGCCAGCCGCAUGGAGCAGCUGUACCAGAAUGUGAUGUCCCUGUGGCACCAGCUGCAUGUCAACAUGAAGAGCGUGGUCUCCUGGCACUACCUGCAGAAGGACAUCAGGACCAUCUCCUCAUGGAACCUGGACACGGUGCGCUCCUUACCUGUGGCGGAGCGUCAGCAGGCGCUGGAGAACCUGGACGCCCACAUGGCUGACUUCCUGUCGGACAGCAGGGAGAGCGCGCUCUUCACGCCUGCCGAGAGGAGAGAGCUGGAGAGGGAGGUCAACGACUGCAGGACUCACUGCCAGUCACUCUUCACCUCCAUGGAGACAGUGGAGAAGGACGAGUCCACCUCUCGCUCUUACCUGUCCGAGCUGCAGAGCAUCAAGUCUCACCUGGAGGAGGCAGAGUCCCGUCUGAUGCGGGGCAUGCAGAGCCCGCCCUCCAGCAGCCCCGGGGGGAGUGGUGGUGACGUUGUGGAUAACACGGUGCGCAUAGCCGAGCAUGAGAGGUUACAGCAGGAUCUGUCCGGGCUGCGUACGGACCUGGGCGAGGUGUCGCGGCGCUGCGUCAACUUCUUCGAGGAGAAGCCCUCCUCCUCCUCCGUGCCCAUCCUGCGCUCCGAGCUCAACCUGGCCGUCGAGCAGAUCGAGAGGCUACACUCGCUCUCCUCCGUCUACCUGCACAAGCUGAAGACGGUGGAUGUGUUGAUGCGUACGCUGCAGACGGCUGAGUCUGUGGUCAAGAGGUACGAGAGCCGCCUCAGUGAGGAGGACUCCGUGCCUGCUGACACACAGGCUAUACAGACACUCAUCGACCAGCUACAGGUGUGGCAUAGGGAGUUGCGUGAGCACGAGCCGCUGUUUGAGUCCCUGAGCGGCGAGGUGCGGCGGGCGUGCGAGGCAGGAGACCAGCUGAGCCAGCUGCACCCCGACCGCAGCCCCGAGCUGGAGCGAUGCCAGGAGCGCGCCGCCCUGCUGGACGAGAGGUGGAACGGCAUCCGCAGGCAGAUAGAGACACGGCAAUUGGAGCUGGAGGCCGUGGGCUCUGUGCUGCAGCAGUACAGGCAGGGCCACUCGUCUCUGAUCCGCUGGAUAGAGGAGACCACAGAGAGGCAGGAGAACACUCACCCUGGCCAGACGGACAGCAAGGCCCUGUCAGAGCAGCUCGCUCAACAGACGGCACUGGUGGCUGAGAUCGAGAAGAACCAGGUUAAGCUGGAUGAGUGUCAGACAAACUCUAAACAGUAUUGCACAUCUGUCAAGGACUACGAGUUGCAGCUGAUGACAUUCCGGGCGUUUGUAGAGUCUACGCAGAAGACGCCGGUGAAGAGGAGAAGGAUGCACUCUUCAUCAGACGCCAUCACUCAGGAGUUCAUGGACCUCCGCACACGCUACACAGCCCUGGUUACCUUGACAACCCAGCAUGUGAAGUACAUCAGCGACGCCCUGAGAAGACUGGAGGAGGAGGAGAAAGAGGUGGAGGAGGAGCGGCAGGCACGGGUGGGCCAGGUGUCAGAGCUGCUUGGCUGGGUCAAGGGCGUCCAGGACAGGGCGCGGGCCGUCGAGAAGUCCCGUCAGCAGGACCCCAAAGCUGUUGAGUCAUCCCUGGCAGCUCAGCAGGCCAUCAAUGAGCAGCUGGCUGCCAAGAAAGAGGAGGUUGCCGAGGCGAUCAGGAACACAGAGGUGUUCCUCCUCUCCAAACAGGCCAGCAUGCUGUCCCCAGAGGAGCGAGCCCAGGUGACCGCUCAGCUGGAGGAGCUCACCUCCACCUACAAACAGCUGUGCCAGAACUCCACCCAGCAGGUGCAGCAGCUGGAGCAGACACUGGCCAAGGAGGAAACGCGCAAGGCGCAGGCAGCAGUGGCUGGAGUUAUCGACUUGGGCACAGUGGAGACCUUUCCCCUGUUCCAGGCCGCUCAGAGGGGCCUCAUUGACCAGGACACCUGCCUCGUUCUGCUGGAGGCCCAGGUCAUCACAGGAGGAAUAAUGCAGACCGACUCCCCUGUUAGCCUAUCACUGGGGGAUGCCCAGGCCUGUGGUUUGAUUGACAGCCACACCAGCCAGUCAUUGGCUGAGCUGGAGGCAGCACUGCAGUGUAUAGACCAAAUGCAGCCCAGUGCUGGUACGUUGGUCCCAGUCGCUGCAGCUAUAGAGGAGGGGCUGAUCAGGGAGGAUGUGGGACUGCGUAUCCUGCAUCUGCAAGUGGGUACAGGUGGGGUGAGGGCAUUUGAAGAGGAAGAAGGCCACAGUCUUACCAGCGCUAUGGAGAAGGGGCUGCUAUCCCAACGCAUCUACAACAAACUAUGCUGUGUCGUUAACAGGCGGCAGCUGAUAGACCCAAACACUGCUGAGAAGCUGACUUUGCAAGAACUGCUGAAACGCUGUGCGCUUGAUCCUGAAACCGGCAUGCGCCUUUUGGCAGUCAACCAGCAGCCUGGGGGCCAAGUCUGCCUGCGCUCAGGCCGAAAGGUUGGCAUCUUCAGGGCAGUGCAGGAGGGGCUCAUUGAUCGUCAAGUGACCAUACGGUUGUUAGAGGCUCAGUUGUUUGCAGGCGGAAUUGCAGACCCUCGCUCUGGCCACAGACUGACUGUACAUGAGGCGGUGAGGCUUGGCCUGAUGGACCAUGACCUUGCCUGUGCCCUUCUUACCCGUCAGCUUCAAGCUGGUGGGAUCCUGGAUCCGGCAACUGGCCAACGUGUAGGGUUGGAUGAGGCCAUAGAGAGGGAGUUGCUGUCUCCACGUAUGGCCUUGCGAGUUCUGGAGGCACUCUGGAACUUCAUGGGACUACUGUGGUACAAGUCAGGUGAGCUGCUCCCCAUUACAGAGGCCUUGCAGCAAGGCAUUGUCUCAGGAGAGCUUGCAAAGGACAUCCUCAGUCAGAGACGCACUGUAGGUGCUCUCUACCUUCCUGAGAGCAGCCAAGUCGUACCUCUGGAUAAAGCCAGAGAGCUCCUCGAGCCAAAUGUGGUGGACAUGCUCAUGACAAUGGAUGUUCCAGAUGUGCUGCCUGACAUGGCUCUGUCAGGCUCCACAGGACCAAAUCGCCUGAGCUGGGGGUCCACCUCCUCCUCCUCCUCCUCCCCUUCACUGUCAUCUCCUCCUCCAUCUCCUCAAGGAAUGGCUUCCACCAGCACCAAGAUUCACGAGGCAACAGAUAAGGAACAGGCUGAGCACAGGCUUGUGGAUCACCUGAGAAAACACAGUUACAUUGAUGCUCACUCGGGCCAACGCCUGAUCUUGCUUGAACCUGAGCUGGUGGAACUGGCCUGUGCUGCUGAGAAAAGCAAAACCAGCCCAGUGUUAGAGGAGCAGUCAGCAGAAGUAUGCAUGGAGAACAAGCCGGAUGAGUCUAUUGAAAAAGCCCAGGAAUUGGAACAAAUAAGGAGACAUGAGGUUGAAGUGGCUCAUUUAGUUGAACCAAAGCAAGUGGGACCUGUAACUCAAAGAUCCCCAGAAAGAGGAGAGAGGAAGAUAUCAACCUUGAAAGAAGGUGCAGAUGAAGACAAAGCAGAUGAAUAUGUUUUGGCUGUUGAAACAGUACAGGUUAUUUCUGAGGCUGUAAAGGGAAGUGAGCCUGAGGUCAGGAGGCUAAACAUAGACAGCAAGGAUGUAGACAAAGAAAUAGACAAAGAGGAACAAAUCAACGUGGAACGAACUGAAAUCGUGGUGUCAGAGUCAUUAAAACUAGUCCCAUUGGAUACUAGUCUACACCCUUCAGCUUUAGAAAAACUAAAUCAAGAUACAGGAGCAGCUGCCACUCAAAUAGUUAUGGCAGAACAAAGUGAAGAAAUGUCAGAAAUAGAACAAAUGGCCUUGGAGCUGAAGCAAGGUGGUCUGCUGACCGAUUCUGGCAAUAGAUUGCUCUUAGAUGAGGCUGUUGCCCAGGGUGUUGUUCCAGCUCACACUGCUGUGAAGCUCAUGGCUAAAACCGGGCUCUUUGGGGGUUUCUUAGACGUAAAAGCCUAUGAGAGCCUCAGUGUGGAUGAAGUGUUGCAAGAGGGUUUGAUGGAUGAGAGCCUUCUCUCUAGUGUUCUGAAAUCAGAGAAAACCCUUGCCGGAGUAGUGGAUGUGGAGCGCAAGCGUCUCUGCUCCCUCAGAGAGGCAGCUCAGAAAGGACUCAUAGAUGAGGACACCUCCAUGCGACUACUUGAGGCCCAGGUGGCAUCAGGUGGAGUGGUCGAUCUCCGUAGAGACAAGAAAGUGUCAGUGACUCUUGCCACCAAUCUGGGCCUGAUUGAUGAAGGACAAAAACAGGACUUGUUGGCUCUGGAGAAGGCGUUCCGUGGAAAGGUCUCUGACCCUAGCACUUCACUUGCCAAGACAGCACUUCAAUUGCAGAUGGAAGGAGUGGUAGAUCCAAAAACCAAAGAGUCUGUCCCCUUGAAGCAAGCCAUAGAUAGAGGCCUUGUUGCUGAAGAGGAUGCACAAAAAGCUCUUUCGCAGCAAGUGGCUGAAGGUGGCCUGGUGCACCACGGGUCUGGAAUGAGGUUGUCUGUGGCUGCUGCUACAGAACAAGGUCUGGUGACAGAAACAAUGGCACAGAAGUUGGAUGAGGUUGAAAAGUCAAGACAGGGAAUAGAGCCCUUUGCUUCUACACCUGAUUCUGCUCUCUUCCAGGCAAGCACUGGUUCAGUUUUCGACCCAAACACUGGAUCUAGAUUAACUUUAACAGCAGCAGUUUCUCAAGGUCUCUUGGAUGAAGAUAUUGCAAAAACUGCCAUGACAUCCCCAAGUGUGACCAGUGGAGUCAUGGAUCCACAGAGUGCUCAAAUCAUACCUUACUCAGAGCUGGUGAAUCAGGCCAAGAUUGACAUUGAAAGUGGAAGACGGUUUCUAGAAGUCCAACCUUUUCAUGGAAUUCUCAAUGAAAAAACUGGUGAAUUACUAACCCUACCUCAGGCCAUACAAUCCCACCAUGUUGACCCCAUUCCGGCAUUCAGGAUGCUGGAGAGUCAAGCAGACACAGGAGGGGUCAUUGACAUAUCCAGUGGAGAACGCCUGCCCCUACCAGAAGCGGUUAAUAGAGGCCUUAUUGGAGAAGACAUGGCCAAGCAGAUUGCCACCAAUCAGUACCUGAAAGGAGGUCUCAUGGACCCAGUGAGCGGUGAGAGAGUUUACAAUUUGAAGGAGGCAGUACAAGAUGGCUUGAUUUCCAGAGAAGUGGCAGGAAGUCUCCAGGACAGCUUGAGUUCCACUGAUGAAGAUGAAGAAUUUGAUGAUGCCAGUUCUGGAACCUUAGUGUCAUCCACAAAUGGCGCCUGCAGUCCACUUUUAACGUCAGUUGGAACAAAUGAAAGUAAACCGAUAAAGAAACUAGAAGAGAAACAAUCUCCACUGUGGACGGUUGAUCCUGCAUAUAUAUCCAAGGAUAGUAUGGAGUCUCUGCCAUCAGAGAAAAUGAAGCCAGAGCUGGUUUAUGAGCAUUCUCUGCUGGAGGAUAUAACCGAGGAAAUAUAUGACGAGUCUAUCACAGUAAAAGAAAAGAUUGUAGAGUCUGACAGUUCAAUAGAAAUGAUAACACAGUUUGCUGCGAAGGCAGGGAAAAGGAUUCAGCUGACACUAGAGCAAAUUCAGACUUCUCAAAGUUUAGAGAAAGGCGCUACCCCAAUACCCACUGAGCAGGAAAAGUACACAGAAGACAUUAAAACCAAGGGUCAGUCUCUCCCAAAGCCUGAACUAAUACCAGAGAGUAAAAGUCAUUACAUUGACCCCAAUCAAUUACAGCCAACUGACAUGGACAAAAGCUUCAUACAAGAAACCAGAAAGACUGUCCCAGUUGUACAAUAUGAUUAUUCAACCCCUCUCGAAAAAACAAAUACAGAAACUGAGAUGGCUGUGGUUGACCAAACCUUUGACAAAGUUGAUGUCAGAGCUGAUGAACAUGAAGUCAGAGCUAAAGAUUCGACAUCAAAAACAAUGGAGGAGGUAACUGCAGAAGCUGAUGGAAAGACUGAGUCAGCAUCCGAAUAUAAAUUGAAAAUGGUAGAGGACAGGGAAUCCCAGGACAAACGACCAACCUUAACAGAUUCUGACUGGUCAUAUCAAGCAGGCAGUAAGUUCAGGAAUGAGGACAGAUCAGCGAUGCAUGUCCUAUCUGGUCCUGAUAGUCAAGGCACAGGAGCCGAGAGUAGUAAGGGUCCUAUUGUAAGUAUUGAGAAGUGUAAAGAAACAGGUAGUUCAGUAUCUGAAAUGGAGGAUUUUGCUCAUACAGCCGGAAGCAAAUGGGACCAAGAAGCACCGACCAACAAGGACGUUCCUAAGCACGAGUCUGAGAGUUUGGAAAAAGAAAACACGAUUGAGAUGACUGAGGAGGAAGUUGUUGGUGCCCAGACAGAAAAGAAAAAGAAGAAGAAAAAGAAAGGAAAGAAAGGAAAGCAGCAAGUGGAAGAAGAAAGCGAAGAGAAAGGAGUGCAUGACAGCCAAGAAAAGGAAAGUGCAGAUAUUGCUAAGAUGUCUCCAGCUUCUUUUGAGAAGGAAGCCUUACUCACGAAAGCUAAAGAGAGUCUGUUGAGGAAAGUGUAUGAACGAGGAGUUAGUGACAAGAGGGCAGGAGAAGAGCUGGAAGCUCUGCGUCAAGGUGCUUCAAAGAAAGAGUACCAUGUGGAAGAUCCUGAAAAAUGUGUAAUAAAGUCAUCAGAGCCAGCAUCAAACGUGAGCACCAGUGGUACAGCUCAGACAGGAGCAAUAUUCGGUGACACCAGUGAUUUCCCUAAGGAAUCCCAGCCUUUGGUUUCUUGGGGAAUCACUGAGCGGCAAGGACAGGAUCAUGUGAGCGAGAUAACACAGCCUCAGGCAAGGUCUCAGGAAAGAAUUGGUCUACAGCAGGAUACACAGACUGCAGCUGAAGGAAGAGGUGACAAGAAGAUGUUAAAGGAGCAAAACUUUGUGGCCCAAGAAAAGUCAAAGGAGGAGCACCAUGAGGAACAGUCUAAAGAUCCAAAGAUGACGUUAAGUUACCAAACACAGAAGAAUGAUACCAAAGAGAUGGACCAGACAGAACUGUCGCUUAAGACUAAGCAUGACAAAUCAUCAUCAAAGCUUCCUAUAAGAGAGGACUCUAAGGAUGUGGGAGACGCAGAGAGAAUGCUAGUGAAAAGAGGUGAUCAUGAUGCCCAGGCAGAGAUUUCUGCUGCAGUAGUCAGUGAUGAGAAAGCAGCCGACCUGACACCUCCACAGCAGGGUGCGGCAAAGAAGGAACUUGCCAUGGAUGAGCCUAAGGAGAAGAAGGCACCAUCACAUCUCCCUACAACUGAUGGCGAAGCCAAAGAGGUAAAACGGGCAGGGCGAAAACACAAGAAAAUGAAAAGUGAUCUGCAUCAUGAUGUCCAACCAGAGUUUGCCAUCACAGAUGACAGUGACAAGACAGUGGGUGAGGAUAUUGUGGGGCAGGGUGUGUUGGAGACAAAGGAACUCAUUAAAGAACCUAAGCAUGAAAAGACGCAAUCAAAACUUCCUUCUACUGCUGGAGUCAAUGACGGGAAAGCAGCAGGGGAGCUGGUUUGUCAGUAUCCAGCUGCUGCAAAGAAAAAACAUUCUCUGGAAGAACCUAAAGAUCAGAAGACACAAUUACAUCCUGACGCAAAGAAGAAUGAAACUAAAGAAAGGAAAGAGGCAGGGACAAAUUAUCCCAUCAAAGAUCCUAUGCAUGAAAAGACACCAUCACAGCUUCCUAUAAAAGAGAAGGAUACAAAAGACUUAGAAGAGGUAAAGAAAGGGCAUAGUGUAGAAGAACUAAAGGAAAAUACAGUACCAUCAAUUUUGGAGACAAUCAGUUAUACUAAAGAAGAGGUGGUGGUGGGGGAAAAGGAUUCUAUCAAAGAAAUGAAGCAUGAAAAGACACCAUCAAAGCUUCCUAUAAAAGAGAAGGCUACUAAAGAGAAGGAAGAAGCAAGGAAAGAAUUUCCAGUGGAAGAGUUUGAGGGUAGGACAAUGCUAUUGAAUUUGGACACACAGAAGAGUGAUACUGAAGAGGUGAAAGAGGUGGAGAAAAGGCAUCCCAUCAAAGAGCCUAAGCAUGAAAAGACAUCAUCAAAACUUCCAAUAAAAGAGGGGGAUACUAAAGACUUGGAAGAAGCAAAGAAAGGGCAUAAUGUGGAAGAGCACAAGGAAAAGACGACACCAUCAAUUUCAGAGACGAGGAGUGACACUAAAGAAGGUGAGGUGGUGGAGGAAAAGGAUUCUAUCAAAGAAACGAAGCAUGAGAAGACACCAUCAAAGCUUCCAAUAAAACAGAGGGAUGCUAAAGACUUGGAAGAGGCAAAGAAGGAGGAUAGUGUGGAAGAACAUAAGGAAAAAACAGCACCAUCAAUAUUCGAGAAACAAAGUGAUGCUAUAGAAGGGGAAGAAGUGGAGAAAAAGGAUUCUAUCAAAGAAACUAAAUACGAAAAGACACCAUCAAAGAUUCCAAUAAAGGAACAAGACACUAAAGACAUGGAAGAGGCAAAGAAGGAGCAUCUUCUGGAAGAACUUAAAGAUAAGAUGACACUAUCAGAACCCUUUACACCUGAUGGUGAAACAAAAAGAACACAACGGACAACAGGCAAACACAAGGACACCCAGGAUACCCAGACACACUUUGCUACCCCAGAAGUCAGUGACACGCAGGUCGUUGAGGAGGUUAUGGGGCAGAGUGUGGUGGAGAAGAGAGAUCACAUUGAAGAGCAUAAGCAUGAACACAUACCAUCAAAGAUCCCUAUAAGGGAAAAAGAUAUUAAGGAGACGGAAGAGAGAACUGAUCUUCUGAGAACUGAGCAGCAUGUGGAAGAACCUAAGGACACAACACAAUCAGAACCUGACAUGAAGGAGAGUGAUACUAAAGAGGGAAAAGAGGCAGAGCAAGGGGAUAAUAUCAAAGAAUCUAAGCCUGAAAAGGCACCAUCAAAACUUCCAAUUAUGGAGAAGGAUGCUACAGACAUGGAAGAGUCAAAGAAGGAACAUCCUGUAGAAAAAAUGAAAGAUAAGACCACAACAUCAGAACCUUUUACAAAUGAUGGUGAAACCAAAAAGCUGAAACAAGCGGAGAGAAAACAAAAGAAGAAGAGAAACGAUUGUCAGAAUGCCCAGCCAGAAAUAACUUCUGGAGAAGUCAGUGAUGAGAAGGUGGGUGUGGAAGCUAUGGGACAGGGUGUGUUGGAGUGGAAGGAAGACAUUGCUGAACAUAAGCAUGAAAAUAUGCCAUCAAAACUUCCUGUAAAAGAGAAAGACUCUAAAAAGAUCGAAGAGGCAGAGGGAAUGCCAAUGAAAAUUAGCAAUCUCUAUCAGGAUGACCAAGAAGAGUUUGUUACUGCUUCACCCAGUGAUAAGCAAGCGGUAGUGGAGCUGGGAGCUCAGCAGCAGACAACUGCAAAGAUGGAGUGUCUUUGGGAGGAAAUAAAGGACAAGGCAACACCAUCAGAUCUUGACACAAAGAAGAGUGACACUAAAGAGGGACAAGAGCUUAAGCAUGCCAAAUCGCCAUCAAAGUAUGUUAUAAAGGGGGAGGCUACAAAAGAGACAGACGAGGCAGAGAAGGAUCAGCAUGUGGAAUAUGUGAAGGAGUCUCCUACAAAUGACAGUGAAAUCAAAGUGACAAAAACGGGGAGAAAACACAAGAAGAUGAAGAAGGAUCAACAUCAGAAUGUCCAACCAGAGAUUGCCAGUGUCAGUGUCAGUGGGCAGAAGGUAGGAGAUGACCUGGAAGCUAUGGAGCAUGGUGUGUUGGAGAAAAAGGAUGCCAUUAAAGACGCAAAGCAUGAAAAGACAUCACUAAAACUUCCUGUAAGGGAGAGGGACACCAAAGAUAUGGAAGAGGCGAUCAAGUCUGCAACUGUUUCAGUCAGUGGUGACGAUGCUGCAAAGGAUCUUGAAGCUCGACAGCAUGCAGCUGCAAAGAUGGAGCAUCAUGAAGUAGAACCUACAGAGAAGAUACCAUCAGAGUCGAACGUUAGUGAAGCCAAGGACAAGAAAGGGGCGGAAAGGAAGCAGAAGAAGAAGAAAAAGGAUCAGCAUCAGGGUACUCAUCAAGAGAUUGCUACUGAAGACAGCAGUGUCAAGAAGGUGGGUGUAGAGGAUAUGGGGAAGGGUGUGCUGGAGAAAAGGGAUCCCCUCAAAGAACCUAAGCAUGAAGAGAUGCCAUCGAAAAUUCCUGUUAAGGAGAAGGAUACUAAAGAGAUGGAAGAGGCAAAGAUAACGCUAAUGAAAAGUAGCAAUCUGCUUCCUGAUACUCAACCCAAAUCUCCUACUGCUGGAGUAAGUGAUGAGAAAGCAGCAGAGGAGCUUGACGCUCUGCCUCAGAGUGCUGCAAAGAAAGAAGAACCUAAAGAUAAGACUACACCAACAGAGAUGCCAACACACGUUACUGAAUCCAAGGAGUUGAAACAGGCAGAAAGAAAACAGAAGAAGAAAAAGAAGAAAAGUGAUCUGCGUCAGGCUAUCCAUCCAGAGUAUACCACUGGAGAAUUUAGUAACGAGCAAGAGAAUAAAGAAGGUAUUGUGCAGGGUAUGAUGGAGGAGAAGGUCCUCACAAAAGAGCCUAAGUCACCAUCAAAACUUCCUGUUAAGGAGAAGGAUACAAAAGAGAAGAAACAGGCCGAUUUUUUUGCAGCAGAAGAGCCCCAGAGACAAGUGAAGUCUGAUGCAACUGAACUGUAUCAGAAGUCCCCAGAAAGCAGUAUUUGGGAAAGCAGUCCUUUUACAACUUCAUUCGAGUUCCCUAAGAUUCAGGCAGAGGGUCAGUUUGCAGGAGACCAGCUGAGUGGCUUGAGUGUAACAGGUCUCAGUGUUCAGAGUCCCUCUCCCUCCGGAAGUGAAACCAUGGUAACUGAGGACAUGGAACUGCUGGUAGAGCAAAUUAUAUCAGAGUCAGAUUGGGAGGCAGAAGAGGUGGCUACCUCUUUACCUGAUACAGAUUCAUCCUCUAAGGAUACCCAGCAUGUCCCUGAACCCUCUAAGAAUGUUUUUGGUCAUGACAACCAACCACAUACAGAGACAGUAGCCCAUCAAGCCCAAGUCCAAGCCCAACCUGUACAUGUCGGUCCCACUCCUGAUACAAGCCUAGAUAAGCAGUCAACAGCCCCUCCUGAGUCCAUCAGCACACAAAGCUCAAGGCCAAGCAAGUCAGUGAAAGAACAGAUCAGCCCUCUGGCUAUGACCCUUGGCAGCAUUGACACGAAAGAAGAAAUCAGUGUUAAGGAAUCUGCAAAGGAGUCUUGGCCGUCUGUGGCCAAGGACAUCGCUGGGUCAGACAAUACAAAGACCUUAGAGAAGGAAGAGAGGGAUGCAGAACAGAAGACCGGAGAGGUUGCAGCUGUUGAGGUGGUGCAACAGAAGAGCCCCACAAAAACCAGAAAGUCCUCUCUGGCUCGUCAAGAGUGUCUUGAACAUGAUCAGCGGAUUGUGGCCCUGUUGUCCAUGGUGAGGCACAUCGAGGUUCGCCUCAAGCAGCAGCAGCAACAAGCAGUUGGCCGCAGCCUCAUCGCUCUGGAUGAUAUCAUCAAACACAGUGAGACCCUGGCUUUGGAGCUGACGGAUUUGGAGCCUGAGGUGAAGAAGGAAGUGGAUGCUGCUCAGAGUCUGUGUGAGUCUUGCGAACAGGAAGUUCCUCCUCAGCUCCUAAAGGCCCUGGAGAAGGAUGGGCGGAGCCUGGCUCGUGGCUAUGAUGCCGCUAAAGACCUAUCCCAGAAUGCUUUGCGAGGUCUAAAAGAUCAGCGCGACUCGCUAAAGGCGGCGGUGAACUCAGAACUGAAGGCUCUGGGUGAACGAGUGGACGGGUUGCUCUCCUGGCUUAGCGACAUAGAGGCAAAGAGGGAUGAGCCAGAGGGACUCAGUAGCCCUCAAAAACUUACACAAAGGCUGCAGCUCUGCCAGGAGCUACAGGAUCAGCUGACUGCCCGCUCCAGCGAUGUCACCUCUGUGGUUCUGGACAUCCAGGUGUUCAUCUCUGAGCACGCCCAGGACCUGCAGCGCGAGCAGAGCAGGCAUCUCCUCGGGCAGCUGCAGCAGCUGCAGGGGUCCUUCCACCAGGCCACGGGCCGCACACACGCCCUGGCCGAGGCCCUCUCCGCCCAGAGAGCGAGGGAGGAGGAGAGGGAGCGGCGGGAGAAGGAGAAGGCACAAGAGGAGGAGAAGAAGAGGGCAAAGGAGAGCAGCAGGGAGAGAGAGGUGGUCCAGCAACAGAAGACAGAAUGUUCCCAGAAGUUAGAAGGCCUCUCCAUGUGGUUGGCUGGAGCAGCCAGCCUCUUGGCCAAUCAGAAGGUCGGAGCAGAGUCAGGUGACGUGAAUGAGCUGCGGCAGAAACAGAAGGAGUUACAGGAUGUGCAGAAAGACCUCAACACGAAGAAGGAAUCUGUGAUGGAGGCCAUCCGCUCGGUGGAGGAACUUCUCGCUGAGCGAGGGGACACGCUGAGUGCAGAGGAGCGGGCCAACCUGCAGGGGGCGCUCUCGCGCCUGAAGGAGCAGUACCACUCACUUAGCGACACCACCCACUCAUCGCUGGCCCAGCUGGGCAACACCAUCAGCACCACAGUGCAGCAGAACACACAGAGGGCAAAGGCAGAGGAGGAACUGCAGGAAACCAAGGGCCAAAUCGACUCUUUGCUGCGGGAGUUGUCCUCAUUGGACGAGCCCAGCCGGAGGCGGUCUCUGGGCGAGACUGUGGUGGAUUCUGCAUCGUCACCCGGCAACCUGCAAUCGCACAGCGGCAUGCUACAGGCCGAGCUACAGCAGCUCCAGGAGCAGCAGGCCCACCUGUUGCAGGUGUCCCAGUCGGUGCGCUCUCUCCUGGCCCAGCCCGACUCCAGCGUGCCCCCGGAGGAGAAGCAGAGGCUCCGCGAAAAGCUGGACCGGUUGCAAAGCGAACACCAGGAGCGUCUGCAGAAGUGUCAGGACCAGCUGCGGCGAGCAGACGCCCUCCAGGACGAGCUGGCCAAGUUCUUACAGGAGCAUGGAGACCUGGCUGCUUGGCUGGAACUCAGCGAAGGCAGCCUCCGCUCCCUGGGGGAAGGAGAAACAGAUGCGCACAAUCUGAAGGGAAGGCUGGAGGAGCAUAAAAAGUUGGCAGAGGACGUGAUCUGUCACAAGGCAGAUCUGCGGUUUGUGUCCAUCUCUGGUCAGAAGGUCCUGGACUCUGUUCAGGGUGCUCUGGAGAGGGUGGGGGGUGAAGACGCAUCCCUGGAGGAGACCAAGCGCAUAGUCAGUGACCGCCUGCAGGACGCCACCCAACGUUAUGGUGCAAUGCACAGCAAGUCCUCUGAGCUCGGUUCUCGUCUCAGCGGCCUCCUGGAUCGGUACCAGCAGUACCAGGACGAUGUGGGUUCUCUGGACACGUGGCUGACGGCACAGGAGAAAAACCAAAGUGCCACGAAGCCCAGCGGAGAACAUGCAGACCCACAGGCACUGCAGAACUCACUACGGACCGUACAGCUACUGCAGGAUGAGCUGGCUGAGCGCUCGGUGCUCCUGGAGAGGGUGAAGAGGGCGGGCAAGGACCUGACCAACACCCAGGAGACCCCCACCCUCAAGCCUGCAGACAUACACAGCACCACAGAUCGUCUAGAGGGUCGUUUCAGCACGUUGUCCAAGUCUGCAUCGGAGCGUGCGGAGCAGCUGCAGACGGCGGUGGCCCAGUCGGUGAGCGUGCAGGAGGGGCUGAGGACCCUGCUGUCCUGGCUCAACGGCCUGCCGCUCGCCCCCACACAGGUGCAGCCCACCGCACAGGCCGUCCAGGAGGCGCUCACGCAGAACCAGAAACUGCGUCAGGAGCUGCUCUCGCACCAGGGCAGCGUGGACGCCACACGCGACUCCAUUUCCCGCCUGCUCCAGAAGUCCGACACCAAGGCGGCCUCCGGCCUCCAGAGGGAGCUGCAGGAGCUGACGCAGCGCUACACGGCCGCCCAGCAGCAGCAGAGCCAGAGAGAAGGGGAGCUGCGCGAGCUGCUGCCCAAGCUGGAGGGCUUCGAGAGGCUGAGCGAAGACCUGCGCACUUUCAUCCAGAGCCACCAGAGGGCGCUGAGCCCCGCCGGGCAGCCGGACCGCAGUGUGGAGGACUACAGGCAGAUCAUCGAGGCCACACGAUCAGACCUUACCCAGGAGGCCGGACAGCUGAAAUCCUUUGUGGACCUGGGCAAAGACCUGAGCAAGAGUGGCACCCUCACCAACACACAGAGCCUUCUAGACACCACCAAAGAUGUAUCAGAUGAGUUCAACCUACUGCAGGCUAAUGUCAACGACAGGUUUGCUGCUCUGCAGAACUGUGAGCAGCAGCUGGGUGAGUUCCGCUCGCUCUCCGGCUCCCUCUUGAGGUGGCUGCAGGUGUCGCAGGAGCAGCUGCCCGCCAAGGAGCCCAGUCUCAACACAGAGGGCCUGCAGCGCCGAGUGCAGCAGCUAGAGGAUCUGCUGGAGCAGUGGAAGACGCAGGGCGGUCGCGUGCAGGACUUGAGUCGCAACAGUGGAGAGCUGGAGAGCCUCAUCAUCAGCAUCACCACACCCACCAGCAAGACCGCUGUUCCACAGGUUAAUGGUGCCGGCAGCCCCAGCAGUGUCAAUGGCAUACACACCUGCAAAGACCUGACAGAGAUCCAGGUGACCGUGGCGGAUGUGACCGGUCGCUACGAGCAGCUGGGGACAGAUCUGACCCACAGGCGCGACUCCCAGAAGGCGGCACUACAGCUGCGGGAGGAGGCGCGUGACGGAGCGGAGAAGCUCUCCAAUUGGCUGAGCGAGCGCGAGCAGAGCCUGGUGCUGGGACAGGCCGCCUCCCCUUCCAAACCGGAGGUGGUGCGGGCACAGGCAAAGGAGAACAAGGCCCUGCUGUCGGAGCUGGCAGAGCAGUCUGGGAAGGUGGAGGAGCUGAAGAGCACUCUGAAGAAGCUGAUCGCAGACAACCCAGACUCCCCUGAGGUGGACAAAUGGAAACAACAACUCAGGGACAUUGAAUCCCGCUGGGAGAAAGCCAAUGAGACGGCAGCACAGAGGCAGGCAGAGCUGGAGACGUGUGCUGAUAGACUGGGCAGCUUUGCGUCCGCAGCCAAUCAGCUGGGCCCAUGGCUGAAGGAGAAGGAACUGAUGAUGAGUGUACUGGGGCCCCUGAGCAUCGAUCCCAACAUGCUCAACACACAGAAGCAGCAAGUGCAGUUCAUGCUCCGUGAGUUCGACACGCGUCGCCCCCAGUUUGAGCAGCUGACCCAGGCGGCCGAGGGCAUCCUGACGACAGACGAGCAAGGCUCCGCCGAGCUGGCCGAGGUGCGCUCCGAACUGGCCUCCGUCUCCUCCCAGUGGGACGACCUGACCUCACGCCUCUCGCAACGCUCACACAACAUCGAGAGCGCCCAGGGCACCAGCGAAAAACUACAAGGUCUCCUGAAAGAGCUGGGGGUUCGUGUGGCAGCUCUGGGGGAGCGUCUGGACGUGCAGGGCUCCCUCAGUGCCCAGCCUGAAGCUCUACGGCGCCGCCUACAGGAGACGGGAGAGGUGCGUGCGGAGUUAGAGCAGCGUCGUGGCCAGCUGGCGGAGGCAGAGAAGCUGGUUGCGGAGCUGAGCUCCAUCGUGGCCGAGCCCUACCUCAGAGACGAACUCCAGAAGAGGCUGGAGAGCGUCAGCGGACCCCUCAGGAACCUGGAGGAGAGAGCCGCGGAUGGCCUGUUGCAGCUGCAGGCGGCUCUGUCCAGCACGCAGCAGUUCCAGCAGAUGUUUGAGGAGCUGCGCGGCUGGCUGGACCAGAACGAGGAUGUCAUGUCCCAGCAGUGCAGUGGGGACGCCCUCCCCUGCCGGCCCCAGGCCCUGCGAGACCUGCUCUCCCGCCAGGAGGAGCUGCAGCGGGCCCUGGCGCAGCAGAGGGGCUCCUACGAGCUGAUCCAGGCCGAGGGGGCCACCCUGCUCGCCACACUGCCCCCCGGUGGGGAGGAGAGGGCGGCGCUGCAGCAACGACUCACCACACUUAGACAGGACUGGGACAGUCUGAACCAGAAGCUAUCCGAGCGGCAGGGCCGGCUGAAGGAGACCCUGGCCCGGGCGGAUCAGUACCAGCAGCACCGGGCCGAGCUGGAGCCCUGGCUGGCGGAGAGCGAGCGGCAGGAGGAGGCGGUGCGGCCCGUGCUGGACGCUGCGGUUCUGGACGAGGCCCUGCAGUCUGUCAAGCAGAUGGGCCUGGACCUGGAGAGGAGGAGACCGCAGGUGGACGCACUCAACACGGCCGCCGAUCAGCUCCUGGAGCUCAGCCGCACCGGAGAGGAAGAGGUGCGUGACGAGAAGGCGGUGUUGAACCGGCGCGUGGACGGGCUGUCAGAGCGGCUGGCGGGGCGCGGCGGGCAGCUGGAGGAGCUACUGGGGCGGCUGCGGGAGUUCGAGGACGGCCGGCAGGCGGUGGAGCGGCGUCUGGAGGCGGCGCGGCACCAGAUCGAGGUGCAGGAGGCCCUGGGGCCCCAGGCCUGCAGCCAGAAGAGCCUGGAGAGGCUACGGGGCCAGCAGGAGGGGCUCUGCUCGCUCGCCUCGCAGGUGGGCUACCUGAGGGACCUGGCCCAUGGCCUGGUGCAGGACGACGGGGGAGAGGGGGCCCAGAGGCUGCAGCAGCAGGCCCAGAACACCCAGAAGGAGUUUGGAGAUGUCACCGAAAAACUGGAGCAGUGCUGCUCCACUCUGGAGUCGCGCCUGCAUGGCGUGGGCGAGGUGCAGUCCCGGGUGCGCGACGUCUUCUCUCGUCUGGCCGACCUGGACGAUGAGCUGGACGGACUGAGCCCCGUGGGCCGCGAUGCUGACUCCCUGGCCUCACAGGCGGAGGCGGUGCGUGGCUUCUUGGGCCGCGUGUCUGCGCUGCGUUCGGAGCUGGAGGGCCACGGCGGUGACUGCACCUCCAUGCUGCGUCGCGAGGGCAGCUCCCCAGACCUGCUGGCCCUGCGUCGCGAGACUGAGGCUCUGAGCCGACAGGCCGGCAAGCUGGCCGAGAGGGGCCAGGGGCGGCUCACGCAGAUCGAGGGGGCCGCCGACCGGGUGAGGGACUUCUACGCCCACGUGGCCGAGCUGCAAGGCAUGCUGGGACACGCGGAGGACAACCUGGUGGCGCAGGGGGCCGUGGGCAGCGAGGUGGAGAUGAUCAAGCAACAGCUGCAGGACUUCAAGACUCUGGAACGCGAGCAGGUGGACAGCAUUCAGCCCAAGCUGCAGCAUGUGAACGCGGUGGGCCAGGGCCUGAUCCAGAGCGCCGCCAAGCACACCGACACCCAGGCACUGGAGCACGACCUGGAGACCACCAACCUCAGGUGGAACUCACUCAACAAACGGGUUGCCGAGCGCACCGCCCAGCUGCAGGAGGCACUGUUGCAUUGUGGGAAGUUCCAGGAUGCGCUGGAGCCGCUGCUGAGCUGGCUGAGCGACACGGAGGAGCUCAUAGCCAACCAGAAGCCUCCGUCGGCCGAGUACCGGGUGGUCAAGGCCCAGAUCCAGGAACAGAAACUGCUUCAGCGUCUCCUUGACGACCGGCGAGGCACGGUGGAGAUGAUCCGGGCGGAGGGCGCGCGAAUCGCUGUCGCCGCGGAGACGCAGGACCGAGACAAGAUCCAGAAACAGCUGGAGAGCCUGGGCCAGAGGUGGACCGAGCUGCUGGAGAAGGCUGGCGGCAGGCAAAGACAGCUGGAGGAGUUGCAGGUGUUGGCUCUGCAGUUCCACGAGGCCGUGGAGCCCCUGGGGGAGUGGCUUAGCACCACCGAGAGACGCCUCAGCACCGCUGAGCCAAUGGGAACACAGACCUCCAAAAUCACCCAGCAGAUCGCCAAGCACAAGGCCAUAAAAGAGGAAGUGACCUCACGAGGGGUGGAGCUUCAGCACCUGGAGGCUCUGGGCAACCUGCUGACGCCGCUCAGCUGCCCGGCCGACUGCGAUUGGCUGGGGGAGCGCGUGGGGGCGGUGCGCACGGGCCACACCGGGCUCCUUGAUUGGUGCUCGCGGCGGGAGGCCCUGCUGGAGCAGGCGCUGGCCAAUGCGCAGCUGUUUGGCGAGGAGGAAGUGGAGGUGCUGAACUGGCUGGCCGAGGUGGGCCAGAGGCUGGCAGAGGUGUCGGUCCAGAGCUACCAGCCAGAGCUGCUGGCACAGCAGCACAAACACACACUGUCCCUAAACGAGGAGAUCAUCAGCCGCAAGAAGACCGUGGACCAGGCCAUCAAGAAUGGACAGGCCCUACUGAAACAGACCACAGGCGAGGAGGUGCUGCUGAUCCAGGAGAAGCUGGACGGCAUCAAGAGCCGCUACGCCGAGAUGACAGCCGGCAGCAGCAAGGCCCUCCGCACGCUGGAGCAGGCCCUGCAGCUGGCCACGCGAUUCGCCAGCGCCCACGACGACAUCAACCAAUGGCUGGACUCCGUGGAGACCGAGCUGAACAACAUGGAGCCCGACAACACGCCGGCCUAUCAGGACAGACAGAAGGAGUUGAAGAACGUGGGUGCGGAGAAGCGUCUGGUGUUGGAUACGGUAAACGAGGUGGGCAGUGCCUUGUUGGACUUGGUGCCCUGGCGCGCCCGCGAGGGACUUGACCGCCUGGUGGCCGACGCCAACCAGCGCUACCGCGCAGCCGAUGAGACCAUCACCCAGCGGGUACAGCAGGUCCAGGCUGCCAUCCAGAGGUCACAGCAGUAUGAGGAGGCUGUGGAUGCGGAGCUAGCCUGGCUGGGCGAGACGGAGCGUAAGCUGGUGUCCCUGGGUCCCCUCAGCCUGGAGCCCGACGUGACGGUGGCCCAGCUGCAGGUGCAGAGGGCCUUCAACAUCGACAUCAUCCGCCACAAGGACACGGUGGACCAGCUCAUCAGCACCCGCGACGACAUCCUGGAGACUUGCAGCGAGACGCAGAAGGACACGCUUAUGGUGAAGACAGACUCCCUGAGCGCCCGCUACGAGGCGGUGAGCCAGAGCCAUUCGGAGCGCUUCUCUGCGCUGGAGCAGGCCCAGGUGCUGGUGGCCCGCUUCUGGGAGACACUUGAGGAGCUGGAGCCCUGGCUGGGGGAGACCGAGGCCCUCAUCAGCCAACUGCCCCCGCCCGCCAUCGACACCGAGGCCCUGCACACACAGCAGGACCAGAUGAGGCUCCUGAGGGAGUCCAUCGCGGAGCAUAAGCCGCACAUCGACAAGCUGCUGAAGAUCGGGCCGCAGCUGGCCGCCCUGAGCCAACAGGAGGGGGCGACGGUGAGGCAGCGCUUCACCACGGCCGAGCAGCGCUACCUGGCCAUCAAGGACGAGGUCAAGGGUCGCGCCGGCGCGCUGGACGAGGCUGUGUCACAGUCCACACAGUUUCACGACAAGAUGGACCCCCUGCUGGAGACGCUGGAGGGGGCGGUGCAGCGUCUGCGUCAGCCCCCGCCGGUGGCCGCCGAGGUGGACAAGAUCCGCGAGCAGCUGGCCGAGCACCGGGCAUCCGGUCUGGAGCUGGACAAGCUGCUGCCCUCCUUCAGCGCCCUGUGUGGCCGCGGAGAGGAGCUUAUAACCAGGGCAUCGCACGACGACCCCGCCGCACAGGCGGUGCGUUCUCGGCUGCUGCGUCUGCGCUCGCUGUGGGAUGAGAUCCGUCAGCGUGCGGAGGAGCGCGAGGGGAAGCUGCAGGACGUGCUGGACCUGUCCGGGAAGUUCUGGUCCGACAUGGCGGCGCUGCUCAGCACGCUGCGCGACUCCCAGGACAUCGUCAGGGAGCUGGAGGACCCCGGAGUCGACCCCUCGCUCAUCAAACAACAGAUCGAGGCUGCAGAGGCUAUUAAGGCGGAGACCGAUGGCCUGAGGGAGGAGCUUGAGAUUGUGAGGACCCUGGGAGCUGACCUCAUCUUUGCCUGCGGAGAAACUGAGAAGCCAGAGGUCAAGAAGACCAUCGAUGAGAUGAAUGCGGCGUGGGAAGGCCUGAACCGCACUUGGCGCGAGAGGAUGGAGCGACUGGACGAAGCCAUGACCGCUUCGGUGCAAUACCAGGACGCUCUGCAGGGCAUGUUUGACUACCUGGACAACGCUGUGAUCAAGCUGUGUGAUAUGCCCCCUGUGGGGACAGACCUAAGCACAGUCAAGCAGCAGAUUGAGGAAUUGAAGCAAUACAAAGUGGAGGUGUACCAGCAGCAGAUCGACAUGGAGAAGCUGUGCCACCAGGGGGAGCUCCUGCUCAAGAAGGUGACGGACCAGGCCGACAAGGACAUGAUCCAGGAGCCGCUGACCGAACUACGCCACCUAUGGGACAACCUGGGAGACAAGAUCACAAUGAGACAGCACAAGCUGGAGGGGGCCCUGUUGGCGCUGGGGCAGUUCCAGCACGCGCUGUCGGAGCUGCAGGCCUGGCUGAGCCACACGCACGCCACCCUGGACACCCAGCGCCCCGUUGGCUCCGACCCCAAAGCCAUCGAGAUCGAGCUGGCCAAGCACCAUGUACUGCGUAACGAUGUGUUGUCUCACCGCUCCACGGUGGAGAACGUGAACGGCGCGGGGGCAGAGCUUCUGGAGUCCAGCCCCGGGGACGAGGCCAGCCACCUCCGCGACCAGCUGGAGCAGCUCAACAGCAGCUGGGAGCAGCUGCUGCUCAAGGCGGAGGACCGGCAGAAACUACUGGAGGCCGCCCUGCACCAGGCUGAGGGUUUCCAUGGGGAGUUGGAGGAGUUUCUGCAGUGGCUGCGGCGUACGGAGAGCCAGCUGUCAGCAGCCAAGCCCACCGGAGGCCUGCCGGAGACGGCCCGAGAACAGCUACAGCAACACAUGGAGCUUCAGGAGCAGCUGAGUGGCCGUGCGGAGCAGUACCACCGGCUACUGGACCAGGGCGAGUCCAUGCUGCUGGCUCGCGGCGGCGGGGAGGAGGGCCCCGGGCCGGGCGCCACCCAGACCCAGCAGAACCUGGCCAUGCUGCAGAACAAGUGGGCCAGCCUCAACACCAAGAUGGACGACCGGCGGGCUAAGCUGGACGAGGCCGUGUCUCUGGCUACGAGUUUCCAGUCGUCGCUGCAGGACACCAUCAACUGGCUGACGCAGGCGGAGCAGACCCUGAACAUGGCCCAGCCCCCGAGCCUCAUCCUGGACACUGUGCUCUUCCAGAUAGACGAACACAAGGUGUUUGUGAACGAGGUGAACACCCACCGUGAGCAGGUUCUGGCUCUGGAGAAGGCGGGUUCCCAGCUGCGCUUCGCCAGCCUGAAGCAGGACGUGGUGCUGAUCAAGAACCUGCUGCUGAGCGUGCAGGCGCGCUGGGACAAGCUGGUGCAGCGCUCACUCGACCGCGGACGACACCUGGACGAGGCCCGCAAGAGAGCCAAACAGUUCCACGAGGCCUGGAGGAAGCUGAGUGACUGGCUGGAGGAGGCGGAGAGCCGUCUGGACUCUGAGCUGGAGAUCUCCAACGAGCCGGACAAGAUCAAAGUGCAGCUGACCAAGCACAAGGAGUUCCAGAGGGCGCUGGGUUCCAAGCAGCCAGUGUACGACACCACGGUGCGUUCGGGCAGAGGCAUGCGGGACAAGGCCACCCUCCCCUCCGACACCCAGAAGCUGGACCACCUGCUGGGGGAGGUGCGCGAUAAGUGGGACACCGUCUGCGGAAAGAGCGUGGAAAGGCAGCACAAGCUGGAGGAGGCUCUGCUGUUCUCGGGUCAGUUUGCGGAGGCGCUGCAGGCCCUGGUGGACUGGCUGUACCGGGUGGAGCCCCAGCUGGCGGAGGACCAGUACGUCCACGGAGACCUGGACCUGGUCACCAACCUCAUGGAUACACACAAGGCCUUCCAGAAGGAGCUGGGGAAGCGGACCAGCAGCGUGCAGGCUCUGAAGCGCUCGGCCCGGGAGCUGAUGGAGACGGGGCGCGACGACACGGCCUGGGUCAAAGUUCAACUGCAGGAGCUGAGCAACCGCUGGGACACAGUGUGCGCGCUGUCCGUCAGCAAGCAGACGCGACUCCAGCAGGGCCACAAGCAGGCGGUAGAGUUCCGGGAGGCAGUGCAGGCUCUUCUGGAGUGGCUGUCUGAGGCGGAGCAGACGCUGCGUUUCCGCGGCGUGCUUCCCGAGGACGUGGAGACGCUGACGGGGCUGCUGCGGGGCCACCGUGACUUCAUGGGCACCGUGGAGGACAGGCGCUCAGAGGUCACCCGGGCCGCGGGGCUCGGGGAGGCCAUCCUCACACAGUGCCACCCGGACUCCAUCACCACCAUCAAGCACUGGAUCACCAUCAUAAGGGCACGCUUCGAGGAGGUGCUGACGUGGGCCAAACAGCACGAGCAGCGGCUGGACACAGCUCUGAAGGAGCUGCAGAACAACGCUGCGCUGCUGGACGAGCUGUUGUCAUGGCUACAGUUUGCGGAGACCACUCUGGUCCAGAGGGACACGGAGCCCCUCCCACAGGAAAUCCCUCAGCUCAAGGCACUAAUCACAGAACACCAGACGUUUAUGGAGGAGAUGACCCGGAAGCAGCCGGAUGUGGACCGCGUCACUAAGACCUACAAGAGGAAGCCAUCCGAGACCUCCGGCCUGGCAGACAGGAGAAGCGCUCGUAAGCAUCAUCAGCAGCAGCAGCCGCAGCAGCAGACACCAGUGCAAGUGGCGGGGGGCAACCCUCGCCUGACGCAGCUCUGCUCCCGCUGGCAGCAGGUGUGGCUCUUGGCCCUCGAUCGGCAGAGGAAGCUCAACGACGCCCUCGACAGGCUGGAGGAGCUUAAGGAGUUUGCCAACUUCGACUUUGACGUGUGGCGUAAGAAGUACAUGCGCUGGAUGAACCACAAGAAGUCACGUGUGAUGGACUUCUUCAGACGCAUCGACAAGGACCAGGAUGGCAAGAUCACGCGGCAAGAGUUCAUCGAUGGAAUCCUUGCCUCAAAGUUCCCCACGAGCAGGUUGGAGAUGUCUGCGGUGGCAGACAUCUUUGAUCGCGACGGUGACGGUUACAUUGACUACUACGAGUUUGUGGCGGCACUGCACCCCAACAAGGACGCCUACAGGCCCACUACUGACGCAGACAAGAUCGAGGACGAGGUCACAAGGCAGGUGGCCCAGUGUAAGUGUGCCAAGAGGUUCCAGGUGGAGCAGAUUGGGGAGAACAAGUACAGGUUCUUCCUUGGAAACCAGUUUGGAGACUCUCAGCAGCUGCGGCUGGUGCGUAUCCUGCGCAGUACGGUCAUGGUGCGGGUUGGUGGCGGCUGGAUGGCCCUGGACGAGUUCUUGGUCAAGAACGACCCCUGUCGAGUGCAACAUCCUGGACUUAAAAUCCUUCGCUCCGACUCCAGCUGCUCCAUCUCAUCUCGUCUAGGUCUAGCUCGAGGACGGACCAAUCUGGAGCUGCGGGAGAAGUUCAUCCUCCCGGAGGGCGCCACGUCGGGCCUGGCGGCGUUCCGAACGCGCGGCCGGCGCUCCAAGCCCUCGUCCCGCAACGCCUCCCCGACGCGCUCCUCCUCCUCGGCCUCCCAGAGCGCCCAGAGCUGCGCCUCCAUGCCCUCUGCACCCCCCACGCCCACCGCCUCCUCACGGUCCUCUCACUCUCGCGGCUACGCCAAGCCCUGGCUGGCCCACAGUAAAACGCCAACCCCCACCAAGUGCCAGCACUCUGCAGAUCACACUGCCCAGUCCCCGGGGCAAGAGGGGGCGUCGUCGUCCAAACUAAGGCGUCCGGCCUUCCACUCCAGCCGCGGGUCGCUGACUGGGGAGAAUGGAGGAUCCACGCCUGCCUCUGCAUCUAAGGGACGACCAGACUCCAAGCGAACCCCGUCCUCUGCCAGCGGCGCGGCCAGUCGUGCGGGCAGCCGUGCGGGCAGCCGAGCCAGCAGCCGGCGGGGCAGCGACGCCUCGGACGCCUCGGAGCUCCUGGAGACGCGCUCGGCCUGCUCCGACACCUCGGACACGCCGCGCCGACCCGGCAGCAGCGCCGGCGGCAAGCCCUCCAAGAUCCCCACCAUCUCCAAGAAGGCGCCCAGCCCCAAGACGCCAGCCAACGCUGGGAAGAAGUAAAUAAUGACCUGGAAACCAAACCUGAGAACCCGAGUCUCUCCCUCUGGACUUCUUAAAGCAUCACCAAACAUCGACACACCCUCACCCUCAUCCACUCCAGUGGGGGAAGUAAAGAUGGGAAGCGGAGGUGGUUUAGAAACGCCACCACCGUCUCCAUGAAGGUGACCAGACACCAGACACCCGCUGGUAAGAAAAAAAAAGCUGAAACCCCGGAACCACAUCCCCUCUUUACUUUAUUUCAAGCACCAUCGUCUCCACCCAGCCAGCUCCAGCAAUGGAUGGAUGUGGAGGGAAGAGGGAAGCUAAAGGUGGUUCAAACAGCCCACCGCCCCAGCAAUGGAGGUUGAGCGAAAAAAAGGGGAAAAAGACAGAGGGGCCACAGUUGCAUACACGCUCACCACUUUGCACGCAAGCCUGACCAACUACGGUGGCCCAGAGGACUUCAGCACACAUGCAAAAAAAUUAUAUAUAUAUAUAUAAAAGGCUGGGGCCAGACAAACAAACUCUCGAUGAACAGUUCCUCUUGACCAGAGACCCAGUCUUCUCCCCUCCUUCUCCUCUCUCUCUCUCUCUCUCCCUCCCUUCUUAUCCCUCUCUCUUCUGAAGCGAGAGAGUCGGAGGGAGUGGAUGUGGUAGGAGGUGGGUGGAAGUUACGAUGGGGGUGAUUGUUGUUGUUGCUGCUGUUCCAUUACUCUCCACCGCUCUCUGACUAACAGUAGAAACCACAGGAUGCUGCCUUAUUUGUGUUCCUCAUCAAUCGUCCUUACUGUUUUUGUUUGUUUGUUUGUUUAUUUAUCCAUACAUCCUUACAGUACUUAACACCUUAAAACCUUUUUUUUUGCUGUUUCGUUUUUGUUGGGUUACUGAUUUCCUCAGCACAGUACACUUGGACUAUCCGUCACUUUCUUUCACACACAGGACUCAAACAUUACACUCACACAUACACACACGCACACGCACGCACACACGCACACGCAUAUGAGUAGCCUUAUACUACUCGACAGCACAACUCUUCCAGGACACUGUUUGUAUGGGGAAGAACAACAGGGCUGCUCCUGGACUCAAACAACCCCUCCAUGAACUGCCCUAUCCAGAGAGGAAGUGGAGGCUCUAGGUGUGUGUGUGUGUUUUUGUGUGUAUGUAUGCAUGCGCGUAUUUGUGUGUGACCAGCACAGCCCCUGCUCCAAGACCGAGGCAUACCACAGCGGCAGAGGACAGUUACUUUGCACAACAGGAGGAACACACGGGCCACGGGUUCAAAAAUGCGUAAAGGAGAAUUGCAACUCUGUUGUGUGGGAAAACAAAGUAAACAAAAUGAAAAUGGAAUAAAAAAAAAA